CCGUUGAAGCCAAACGUCAGUGUUCUGCGGCUGAACCGUUUAGUGACUUUGCUGCAAGCUUUUGUUCGCUGCGCGUCAAAGCUCGCACCUAACAGCUAAAAAUACUCCAGUAGGCGGACAUUAAGUGACCCAAACCAGCGGAUAAAUGUGACACCUCGGCUGUUGUUGACCACGAUAAAAACAGAAGGGACAGCUUCGGUGCUCCUGCCGCCGCCGCCUUUCCCCGCCGCCUUUCCUCGCCGCCUGCCUCCGCGCUCCAUGUCUGCCUGCCUCCUCUGGUCAUAACCAUGGCGACGGUGAUCCUGCUCCGGCCGUGUCGCUGAGCCGCCGCCGCCCCGCCGCCGCCGCACCAUGGAGAGGAAACGCCGAAAGAAAUCCGUCUAGCUCCCCGGCCUUUCGCAGAAUGGACUCGUAUCUGGAGCUGUGGACCUGAGCCUCCAGCAGGUGUUCGCCGCCCACAGUUUGCUUCCAAGCCCGACAUGCUGCCGUUUCCCGUGUUGGCCUCCGUGCUCCUGGGGCUGCUGGCCGGCCUCCUGCCCGGUGCGGGGACGCAGCCGGAGCCGGGGGCCAGAGGCAGCCCCCCCCCCGCCAGCGGGGAGCCCCUCCCCCCGACGCCCGACGCCAACUGCUCCCAGCUCACCCUCAAACUGGAGUUCUCCUCCGAGGUGGUGGAACAUGAGUACAUCGUGGCCUUCACCGGCUACUUCUCGGCCAGAGCCCGCAGCCACUACAUCAGCAGCGCCCUGCGCAGCUCCGCCGGCGGCCUGCUGGAGUGGCACAUCGUCUCCAGGGAGAACCCGGCCUCCCACUUCCCCAGCGACUUUGAGCUGGUGCACAUCCGCCAAGCCCCCCCCGGCAGCCUGCUGACCUUAGAGGACCAUCCCUACAUCAAGAGGGUGACGCCCCAGCGCAAAGUGUUCCGCACCCUAAAGUACACCCCCGGUGAGUCUGGCGCUGAGGCGUCGCCGGGCGGGCUUCAGGCUCUCAGUGUGCUCAGGCUGGCUCGGCCCCCCCCCCACACGGGGUCGGCCCCAGAAAGACCCAGGAGGCCGCCCACAGAGCGCCUCUUUGUCCGGCUGAGGGCGCUUUGCUCUGCUGUGGGUGUGUGCUGCAGCCGGGGGCUGUGUGUCUUUAUGAGGAAGGGGUGGGGGGCCCCAGAAGCUGCCGCUGCGCCCUGCAACGCCUCGGCGGGGAGCCCCAGGUGGCCGUCCUGGCAGUCGUCCCGGCCGUUCAGGAGGAGCAGCCUGUCUCUGGGAUCCGGCUUCUGGCACGCCACCGGCCGCCACUCCAGCCGGCGCCUGCUGCGCGCCAUCCCCCGCCACGUGGCCCAGAUCCUGCAGGCCGACGUGCUGUGGCAGAUGGGACACACCGGCUCGGGCGUGAAGGUGGCCGUGUUCGACACCGGCCUGAGUGAAAAGCACCCGCAUUUCAAGAACGUGAAGGAAAGGACCAACUGGACCAAUGAAAAGACGCUGGACGAUGGCCUGGGCCACGGCACAUUCGUGGCAGGCGUCAUAGCCAGUAUGAGGGAGUGCCAAGGCUUCGCCCCCGAUUCCGAGCUGCACAUCUUCAGAGUGUUCACCAACAACCAGGUGUCGUACACCUCCUGGUUCCUGGAUGCUUUCAACUACGCCAUCCUGAAGAAGAUCGAUGUCCUGAACCUCAGCAUCGGGGGUCCAGACUUCAUGGACCAUCCCUUUGUGGAUAAGGUGUGGGAGCUCACAGCCAACAAAGUCAUCAUGGUGUCGGCCAUCGGCAACGACGGACCUCUGUACGGGUAUGUGGGUCUUUGCUUCCAGACCUCUGGUCCUGCUUGUCUGAUGAAGUUUAGCACGGGAUCUAAGACCAAACGCCGGACCUUCACCCUGAACAAUCCAGCUGAUCAGAUGGACGUGAUCGGAGUCGGAGGGAUCGACUUUGAAGACAACAUAGCAAGAUUUUCCUCCAGAGGCAUGACCACCUGGGAGCUGCCAGGGGGCUACGGCCGAGUCAAGCCCGACAUCGUCACCUACGGCUCGGGCGUGCGGGGCUCCGGCAUGAAGGAGGGAUGCCGCUCGCUGUCGGGCACCAGCGUGGCCUCCCCGGUGGUGGCAGGCGCCGUCACGCUGCUGGCCAGCACCGUCCUGAACCGGGAGCUGGUGAACCCGGCCUCCAUGAAGCAGGCUCUGAUCGCCUCGGCCCGCAGGCUGCCCGGGGUCAACAUGUUUGAGCAGGGCCACGGGAAACUGGACCUGAUCCGGGCCUACCAGGUCCUGAACAGCUACAGGCCUCAGGCAAGCCUGUCUCCCAGCUACAUCGACCUGACGGAGUGUCCCUACAUGUGGCCCUACUGCUCGCAGCCCAUCUACUACGGGGGCAUGCCCACCAUCGUCAACGUCACCAUCCUCAACGGCAUGGGGGUCACCGGCAGGAUAGUGGACAAGCCCAUCUGGCAGCCGUACCUCCCGCAGAACGGCGACCACAUGGACGUGGCCAUCUCCUACUCCCCCGUGCUGUGGCCGUGGGCUGGAUACCUGGCCGUGUCCAUCUCCGUGGCCAAGAAGGCCGCGUCCUGGGAGGGCGUGGCCCAGGGCCACGUGAUGGUGACGGUGGCCUCGCCCGCCGAGAACGACUCGGAGGUCGGAGGGGAGCUGACGUCCACGGUCAAACUGCCCAUCAAGGUGAAGAUCGUGCCCACGCCGCCCCGCAGCAAGCGAGUUCUGUGGGACCAGUACCACAACCUGCGCUACCCGCCGGGCUACUUCCCCCGAGACAACCUGCGCAUGAAGAACGACCCGCUGGACUGGUGGGUUUGGCUCCGCCCGCCGCCCGCCGCCAUCGGCCGGGAAGGUGCUGAGUGUGUCCUGUCUGUUCCCAGGAACGGAGACCACAUCCACACCAACUUCAGGGACAUGUACCAGCACCUGAGGAGCAUGGGCUACUUCGUGGAGGUGCUGGGGGCCCCCAUCACGUGCUUCGAUGCCAGCCAGUACGGCACGCUGCUGAUGGUGGACAGCGAGGAAGAGUACUUCCCAGAGGAGAUCACCAAGCUGAGGAGAGACAUCGACAACGGGCUGUCGCUCAUCGUCUUCAGCGACUGGUACAACACCUCAGUGAUGAGGAAAGUCAAGUUCUACGACGAGAACACCAGGCAGUGGUGGAUGCCGGACACGGGGGGCGCUAACGUCCCGGCUCUGAACGACCUGAUCUCCGUGUGGGGGAUGGCCUUCAGCGACGGGCUGUACGAGGGCGACUUCACUCUGGCCGAUCAUGACAAGGACGGGAUCGUCAUCGCCAAGAACCUGAAGGACCAGGGCCUGGAGGUGUUGAAGCAGGAGACGGCCGUCGUGGAGGGCGUUCCCAUCCUCGGACUGUACCAAACGCCCUCGGACGGCGGGGGUCGCAUCGCCCUGUAUGGGGAUUCGAACUGCAUAGACGACAGCCACAGGCAGAAAGACUGUUUUUGGCUCCUGGAUGCCCUGCUGCAGUACACCUCCUACAGCAUGACCCCGCCCAGCCUCAGCCACUCCCACAGCAGGGUGGCCCCCCCCACGGGGGCAGACCGCCCGCUGCCACAGAGGCUGGAAGGAAACCACCUCUACCGCUACUCCAAGGUUCUGGAGGCCCACCUGGGGGACCCGAAGCCCCGCCCCCUGCCCGCCUGCCCCCACCUGUCCUGGGCCAAGCCGCAGCCCCUCAACGAGACGGCGCCCAGCAACCUGUGGAAGCACCAGAAGCUGCUCUCGGUGGACCUGGACAAGGUGGCGCUGCCCAACAUGAAGGCCUACCGGCCCCAGGUCAGGCCUCUGUCCCCGGGGGAGAGCGGGGCCUGGGACAUCCCCGGAGGGAUAAUGCCGGGCCGCUACAACCAGGAGGUGGGCCAGACCAUCCCCGUCUUUGCCUUCCUGGGGGCCAUGGUGGUGCUGUCCUUCUUCGUGGUCCAGCUCACCAAAGCCAAGAGCAAACCCAAACGCAGGAAGCCGCGCAUCAAGCGCCCCACCUACCUGCAGCAGCAGCAGGCGGCGGCGGGGGGGGGCAAGGCGCCCGCCGUCUGAGCGCCGUCUGGACGCCACCGCCCCGGUCCUGUGCCUCUUUGUGUGGACCAAUGGACAGAAAACACACACCUGGACCUGAACACGCCCCCGCCCACCCCCCCUCCUCCUUUACGACCAAACGCCUUCUUUACUAAUGAACAUCUGACUUUAAUAUUUAUUGAAUUUGUUUGUACAGCCGGAGGGCAGCCGGGUCAAAGGUCAGGCGGAGUCCGCUGCGGGGUGAUCCUGAGUCGUGCCCACCUCUGUGUCUUUUCAUUGUUUUUAUAUUUUCUAUGAUGAACGGCCUGCGCAGGCCGGCUGCCGCUCACUCAGUGUCGCCCACGGACUCCCCAGAUAUAUCUCAUCCAUUAAAAAGCAUUACCAAAGUUCCCUGGGCUGCUUUCUUCAGGAAAAUGGUCAAAGGUAAGGCCACAUGUUUGGUUUUGAACCAGAUUUUAACAGUAAAUCUGAGGACAAAGGCUUUGAGUUAAUAAUCAUAGAUAAUACGUUU